GUGAGCAACUGUUGUUAUGAGUAUUGAUAGCGUCCAAAAUUAUUGGUUACUAACUUGCUUUGCAAGCAGAUUUUUUGUUCAUUUGACUAGAGAUAAUACAUUUCUGCAGAUCAGGACUAUUCAAGAAACCUGCAAAAAAUAAAAACCAAUAAUAUUUUCAUGCUUUAUGGUAAUUCAAGUUUCUUUAUUUGAAUGUUUUCAUCAGCCUGUUUCUGGAGCAGAGGGCCUGCUAAGUCUUGGAGCAGUAGAAUUUCUAUCACACUUAAGGCAAGAUGUUGAUACUGAAUUACACCUAAGUGUUGAUAAUGUAAUACAUCAGCUACUGAGCUUGCCGCAAGAGGAUGCUGUGGAUCACAGUCAACAGUGCCUGUACAAGGAGCAGUACCCUGGGCCAGUGGAUCAAACUCAAACAUCUGUGGAUCGUGAUGAGUAUCGGCAGUCCCUUGGUCAAACUGCAGCCUUACCUCUCAGCACCCAGUCAACAAGUACUAACCCUCACCCUGAGGGUAGCAGAGCCUUUUUGUCAUCUAUCAGCCCAGUCAGUGGAUAUUUUGAGAAACAGGGUGGCAUGACUCAGAAAGCAAUCAUUCCUCUACAAAGUGAAACACACUCAGAGUCCUCAUCAAGUAAACAAACCACAGGAACCUUUAGUGACAACAAGUCAAGCCUGACCUUUGUUCCUUGGUUACCUUUGUCAGCCAGUGACAGACACAUUUUGUCUGUGACAGCCAGCCGUUUACAGAGUAGAAGCUCUUCCUUAGUGUCUAAGUCUUGUGAGUUUCUGAGAGAUGUUCUGUUUAAGGAUUUCCCUGCUGAGAUCUUCUUACACAGGCCAAGCGUGCUUCAGUCUCUUCUAGAACUGUUGGAGGAGAAGAGCAAUGUUGGUGAUGAAGCUUCUCUUACACUUGGUGCCAUACGCUGUCUGUGUGACCUGAACCAUCAUGUCCUUGUACGGCUCAUGGCAGUGUGUGAUCUUGUGCUUUUCUGUCCUGAACAAGAUUGUUGGAAAUACAGGCAUAUUUCUUUGUCAAUGGAAACAAAGAACCAAGGUACCGAUCAACAGGUGUCAAAUGUAAGAGAAACUGGAGAUGGGGGAGUUGACAGUGAUGAUCAAUCCAGUUCCGAUGUGUCUGACAACAAAGUGUCUCAGGCAAGUGAUGAAGAUGAAGAUGAGAUGGUCACGGAAGCCUUGCAGUUCAACCAGCUGUCCUUGGAGGAGUUUUGUAUAAUUUUGCUCUCUAAAGUUGUUCCCAUAUUUAAGGGAUACCUGUGCAUGGAUUCAGCCAUAAUUGAAUCAGCUGUGAGCUUGUCACACAAAGUGUUGAGUUUGAUGAUGAAAGUUCUUCCAGUUGAUCUUUGGAGACAUGGAACAAAGUUGAAUUCUCUGAUGGCUAGUUCUCUCGUAAAUAUAAUGAAGAGUUUGGGUCAGAGUAUUGUGCAUCAUAUCAAAUAUUAUGGAAGGCUUGGCCUGGAUGAAGGGAAAGACAAACAAAAAGACUCCAAGCCACUAAAGCACACACUACCAAUACAUCGAAUGACAGUUGUAAAUCUGGCGACAUUUCUGUUGCGGUUCCUAGAUAGCUUAGUGCCUCUAGAAAUAUCAUCAAAGGUGGUUCCUUCUGAGGUAAUAACAGUGAUGUGGCUCCUUUCUAUGGAUGAACUCUUGGUUAUCUCCCACCCUCAUUUACGACCUGCGGCAAUGAAGUACCUUGCUGUUCUGGAUCCAUAUUCACACAAACUGUGCAUUUUCACUCAAGGAAUCUGUGACUCAAUGGCUAGCACUUGCAAAUUCCUUAAAAUGUGCAGAGUCAAGGAACUUUCUCACUCCUUGAAUGAGCUUUCUAACCUUGUUCUUGCCUGUGUGCCUAGUGUCACAUAUCACAAGCACAUGGUAUUCAUCUCUGAGGCAGUAAAAAUCUGUAGCAGGGUCUGUAAUCCAGCAAGUCAGGCAGAUGAGAGGGCCAUCCCUGUGUGUCAGAAGAUAGUACUACAAUUACUUGCUCACCCCAGUCCUGAAGUGAGGCUGCAAGCUUACAAAAUAUCCUUGAGUCUGGUAAAAGAAGCUUGCAGUGUGAGUCAUGUGACUGAACCAUUUUCUGUGGUCUGUCAAAAAGCACUGUUUGUGUUAGAAAGGGCAGUACUACAUCAGAUCUGCUGUUUUGGAAUCUAUGAUGCAGAUGAAAAGGUCUGUGAUGUGGCAGUUGAACUCAUUACCACCCUACUUCUUGGUCGCCUCAGUAUGAGCGGUGAACUCUGGAAAAAACUCUUAGAUGGCUUGAUUGCCUCCCUACCCCAGCUGCAAGGCUCAAUCCUAGUUGAUCCUGCUCUGGAUCAGUGCAUAGUGGAGCUUGUAGCUUCACGUGGUGUUACAGGAGGACAUGUCACCGCUGAAGGGGACAUAAUAACGUUGCCGUCCUUAGAGCGGUUUAGAGGGGCAUUACGACUGAUGUUUGUGAAAGACUCUAAGGUGCGCAGUAAAGCCUUUGAAUCUGUUGUCUGGCAGCUCACAAAUCAAGCUAAUAGUGAGAGAAGGAAGAGUUCAUUUCAAGGUAUUCUGGCAGACAAUGCUGCAGAUCUUUUCAUGGUGGAUCAGCUGACCUCUGCUGUACAUGCCCAUGCCCCAACAACACACACCAGUGUAGACAAGACUGAAAUUCUCAAUUUGUUGUCCAUACUGUCAUCGUCUUCUUUGGAUGUGGGGUUGAGGAAAUCUUCAGCUCAGCAACUAGCCAUCAUUUUGCAAGAUCCUCAGUGGCACGAGCCUCUGUUACAGGAACAUGCAGAUGAAGUUUGCAUGUCUAUUCUGUCAGAAAUAGUAGAGCAGGAUGCCCCUGUACACUCCUCGACCACACCUUGCCCAAGGGUAGAGCUCAUACCAGCCUGUGUGACCAUCCUUAGACUGUUAGCAGAGUACAGCGCCAGCUGCAGACGCUGUUUAGCUACGAAAUUGUCUUCUUAUUCUGUUAUUACAAGGUGUUCACUGUUGUGUCAGCUCAGUGGUCAAGUGAAAUACGAGGCUGCUUGUCUCAUGGUUCUUCUUCUCUUUGACGAGGCUGCAGUAGUGAUGCCCGAUAGUGGCAGUGGGAUUCCUUUCAGCUUACCAAAAUCACUAGUCAGAAGAUUUCAGUUUCCAUUCUCUCCUCCCGUCCACACUCCUAUCAGUGUUCACCAGUCUCCAGAACUUGAAGGGAAAGACGCGUUUGAAUCAGAACCAGCCGUGUCCAGACUUAGGUUGGCCUGGAAUCUAGGCUGGCAUGAAAACGUUGACAACCUGUCUAAAGUAAAGGGAGUGGAGGAUAGCAGCCAAUUAGAUAAAAAAUUAGGGUAUUGGCGAGCCUUGCAGUGGACAACUCUUGAUGCUGAUCUUCUUUGCUGCACUCAUGUUCAAAUGGCUCUGAGUAAUCACCUACAGUGUAUGGAGACAGCGAAUUCGCAUUAUGACGUCAAGAUUGCUCUCAGUAACAUCACGGCUCACUUGUUGGCUGAUAAGAGUCCUACAGCCAAGCAAAAACUGGCGGUAGAGGUGCUGUACACUUUGAAAUGGGAAACUGCAUUUGAGAGAUAUCUGCAAGUGGUGCCAAACAGCAGCGAUGAUGAUAACUUGCUCAUAGAGGUACUGAAGGUGUUAGACAUCAUCCUUUCCAGUCCUCGUCAACCUCCAGAGCCUGUGGUGGCCUGGGUAGUAAGGGUAGUCUUACAGAGAGAUGGACCACAGAUGACGCUGCUGAGAAAUGUCCAAACGAGUACUGCUGGCUCGCAAACAGUAUCUGAAUCAAAAAGAGCCUUACGCAAGCAUCUCCUAUCUUUCCUGGUAACGUUGGUUAAGUGUCUGUCGCGAUACACCAAGGAAUGGAGACUGGAUAAAGAGAGGAUUUUUAUUGGUGACCUGGCUUACGCUUUAGCUCUGAAUUUGGAUUUAGCAGACAACCCACAGUUCUAUGAUUUGCCCGUGCUUGAGACGUCACUUGUUUGUUUGGUGCAUGUCACUUCGCAGCCACGGUGGAGCUCAGACUGCAAAUUCUCCCAAGAAAUGAGUCUGUGUAAACAACUCAUGUCUUCACUGGUUCAGGUGGUUCUAGCGUUCCACGCUGGCAGACUUGGCGCCAGUUUGUCAUUCAUGGGUAAAGGUGUCACUUAUUAUUCCAGCCUGUGUCUGUUGCACCUUACACACGAGAUGUCCAUUAUUGAUCCCGAAAAGGCCUGGGUCCUAAAAUGGUCACGUGGUCAAGACCAUCAAGAUGAGCCCCUACCAUGGCUGGUGCCUUUGUUGACAGACCGCUGGCCGGACGUCCGUUGGAUGGGCCUUGGUGUAUGUACAAGUCUUGCUGGAAGCGAGCAAGGCAAGCAGGAAUUACAAGUGGCUGGGCAGAAGUUUGUAGGAGGCUUGUGGAGCUUUGUGUUUACUGUUUUACUAGAUGACAUGGAAUGUGGCUUUGUCAGGCAGCAGGCGGCUCUGUUGCUUACUACUUUAGUCAGCGGACUGUCACCUGGAGGGAGCCCCCCUGGAGAGAAACGACAAGAGGACCUAAAGAACCCUUCCAAGGGAAUUCAAGAUCUUCAUUCCCUUCUGGAGCAUUUCAAGUUUUUCCAACAGUUCUCCAACAUGCUUACAAGCAGUCCAAUUCCAUUGAUUCCACCGCAUGGCACAUCCAAGGCUUGUCAGAGCUCUGUCACAGUGUCUCUUUCGUCGGGGACUGGUACAGACUUUCCAUACAAGCCUCUUGGCUCAACGUCACAGACCCGGUCUGGCAGUGUAAGCUCGGAAGCUCAAACAUUAGCUACAGAGUCUGCAAAUGGUAAGGCAAGCCCUGGAGUGUUUUCAGUAGCUUCUCACACCUCGAGCACAAUCUUGUCAGGGGCGUCUUCGUCCGCACCUGAGACGCAGUUAUCAAGGACUCCUACCUCUUUGGUUCCACUGAUUAAUGAAAGAGGUCUGCCGAGUGGUAUGUCCAGUGCCAGCGCUAGUGGUGGCGUAAGUAGUUCUAUCAACUCGGUGGCUCCAUCAGGGACAUCCUCAGCAGUUACAAGGUCCUCCAUAACACCGGGGCUCAUUGGUGCAAUGGCACGUCUGGUGAACAAUUUGGUACUCCUGAACCCUGGGCCCAUCAUCGCAGCUCUGAACAAGGCAGAGAUUCUAAGCAGCCUUAUCGAUCAUAUUGAUUGCACGGAGGUACAAGGCUACCUUUGUGUGGAAGAACCCACCCCGCUGUCCUGCGCGUCCGCUGUAGUGAUUCAAGAGAUACUUUGCAUGUACAGCGAAAUCUUGUCUUUCCUUCACACUGUUGUCAAAGUGAAUACCAUCUUUUGCUUCACUUUGCUGCAAGACCACAAAGCUCUUGACAGGAUAAUGCUCCUUUUUUCACUUGAUGCUUCUCAUACAGAUGACAGUCUACAAAUUGGCGUCAUAACUGUGCGAGAGAAUGUUUGUAAACUGCUAAUCACACUGCUGCAGAACCAAGGUCAGCUGUCAGUUCCAAGUGUUGUUGAGGAGACUCUAUUAACUCACUGGAGGCUAUUAAUCAGUGUCACCAAACAUUCAUUUGAAGAGAGCAAUUCCCCCGCCCUAUCCUCCCUAAGAAUUUUACUUCUUAAGCUUCUUGGCCUCCAGUUGACCAUCGAGGGCAAACGACAACCCAAUGGGAGAGGGUGGAGUAACGGAAAAUCUGAUAAACCUCUAAUAAAGAAUUAUUUUACUCGAUUACUCGAUAAUACCGAUACCAGUGAACACUUGGUGGAUGCUGUGAGGAAUGAGAAAAAUCAUAGGGAACAAAACGGUGAAUACGGCCCAGGAUUUUCUGCUAGCAGUGAAACUUCUGGUCAAGAACUUUGCAGCGUUUUACUAGAAGUCUACGACAGUGCCCCUUCGCGGCAGAGUUCACUUACCACGGAACAGGAGCAGGCGUUAGUGUGUGCUGUUCUGAGUGCUUUAUUGGCUUUAAGUCACGCGGCGAAAAGAAUUGCUCUGCAAGCUGGGCUUGUGGAAACCACUCUGGAACACGUCAAGCAUCUUCAUGCCCAGAUGAACAUGAAUUCACUCCAGCUUGGGAAAGGUUCUUCGUGGAGAAGGAAGGAGGAUCCAUUGAUGAUCGAGCUUAUUAAGGUGCUUCAACUACUCAGAAACUUUCUUCACUGUAAUGCAUCAGUCAAGAGAGCUUGCGUAGAAAGCAGAAUCGUUGAUGUCCUGCACAAACUCUGGUCGUGGUGUUCCGUUGAGGUGCACCUUCUAAACGAAGUUUUGCGUCUGCUAUCAACGCUGACUGCACAGUUUUCUAAAGCAUCAGCUUAUGUCGCAGGUAGUUCAGGUGUUCUUGGCAACGUUAGCCGUUCUGUUCAGAGUGGAAGCACAUUACUACAUAGCCUGAUUAAACUGACUCAUAAGACCAACAGUAAGCUUCAGAACAGCUCCAGUACCGAAUUGGACAUGCACCUGGUUGUUCUAAAGAACAUGUUCAAUCUGCUUAGUAACCUGGCUUUAAGUGCCGAAUGUAGAGGAGUCCUGUGGAAGACGAACUUUUUCCAACCAUUCGCUUCACUGAAGCCUAUUAAAAGCGGUGCCCAUCCUAGACACAAGUCCAUUACUCGUGGCGUGACACUCUGCUGGCUCAACGUACUCGUUAGCGUGACAUUCUUUACCGAUGGCCAGCAGGUUGUGGUCAAGACCCCUGGCGUUGUAGAAGUGUUGUUAGAGCUAAGUAUGGCUCAGAACAGGCAGCUACAGGAAAAGGCUCUUCUUGUUCUGAGAAAUUUGUGCUUCCAUGGCGCCAGCAAGCCUGUGCUGUUGGUGAACGAGAAGCUACUGUCUCUACUGGUGGAAUUUACUACUGAUAAUUCCGUUUACUUGAGGGCACUGUGCCUCUCAGCUUUGUGCUCACUUUUGCACAAUUGUCAAAAGGCCAAAGUAUCUUUAAAGAAGACGGGAUUGGUGAAGAAACUCGACGAAAUUAACUUGCUACCGGAGUUUGAACCUGCAGCAGAGGACAAAUUUAGCAAAAUGUGUCAGGAGAAUAUAAACAUUUUACGGAAAAUUUUCUCCGACAAAGAUGAUCGUGCUGUGUAAUGUUUUUUUUUUUUGCAUAUUCGCCCUGUACAUAGUAUUUUUAACGAUCGUAUCAGGCAGGAGAUGUUUGCGCGUUAAAACUCCGACGAACUUUCGUAGCCUUGUUCCAAGAUUUCUGUAUGAGGACAAGUAAAUAAACCGAUCGUGCUUUGGGAUGAGAACAGCCCUGAGGACUUUCUCAUCCGGAGGCAAAAAAGUUGCGGGAGAAAAAAAAAUCAAGGUAGUGCUUUGUAAAUAAAUGUAAGUAUUAAGUCUUGUGGCAAUAAAGGAUCUACGCUCUGACCUUAAGACAAAGCAGACUACGAGCAUUCCUUGC